GCCACAGCGGCUUCUCUAGAUAGAGAGAGGCUGGGGUGGGGUGCACCUUCUUCAGAAGUUACAUGGCGAUGUGGAAGCAUUUCACUGCAUCUCAGGAUGUUCAGGCAUUCUCUCUUAUUCACUUUUCACCCUGACUGUUGAUUAUAAUGUGACAAUGUGAUUGACUGUCAUCUAUUGUAGUACCUCAGUUUUCUCUUUCAGCUUAUUCAUUUUGACCCCGCGUGGCCCUGGCAACAUACCGGUAUUUCGAACAACUCAGUAACUCGUCAAAACACGAUUGUGGAAGGAGUGGUUCAAUCAGGCACAUACUAGCCCGCUGUUAGAGAGAUGAAUUUGGUCUCGGCGACAACAUCAAGACCCGCUUCUUUCUCGGAAUUUGUUACUUGACCGGCAAGACGGCGAGAGGACGGUGAGAAGAGAGCAUAGACAACAAGAUUGAACGAUACAGCGGAUCAGAGUUUUCUCGUCUCCAUCCAACGCCAAUUGCAACUCUCAACUUUACAUCUGAACAGCGCGAGACUGUAACUUCCUCGUCCCACCUUGAAAGAUUGUAUCAACAAAGAUCCAACGGCGAUAAUGACUCCUCAGCUGCCAGAAACUCCGCGGAAGCAGACAACAGUCGGCGGCCGUGUGACCAAGGCAAAGGGUAGUAAUCCCAAGUCCAGUCGUUCCAGCACCACAAAAGGCCGUAAGCUUAGAUAUGGUCCUUGCCCAACAUGCAAAAUUGGAAUCCUGGAACGAAAGAGAAACAACCCAGAAGGAGCAGGCCCUGAUGCCGGACUCUGGCGCCUGAGCUGUUCUAGAUAUACCGCUCGUCCUCCUUGCAGACAUUACGAAGCCUUCAACGAAGAUCCUCAGAUUCUUUGGGCACAGAAACAAAACGAACUGGGCAAGGGGCCAUGUCCUGAGUGCCAUAUCGGCCAGUUGGUUGAGAGGGUUAAGAACCCUUUCGAGAGCACCCAGAAGUACGCAGAGUGCUCGAGACGAGGCGAAGAGGACGGGUGUAACUAUAUACGGCCGGUUAUCAAAGGAAAGGCUGUGGAAGCGGUAAAAGGGAAUAUCGACACAGUUGAGGCCGGUCCCUCGAAGCAAGACAAUGGCAUCAAGAUGGAUCAGAAUUCCGGUGAUAUGAAUGGCGAGGCUGGCAUCAGUAAAGACGAAGCCAGCAACAACAACAACCCGGCCACCAUUCCCAACCACAUCGAGGCUCAACAGCCUGUGAUUCCCGAGACCCGAAAGCAGACGAGAGGGACAUUUAAGUCGAUCCAUAAACACACGGUAGAAGACUGGAGCGGAAUCGAAACUGGCGAUAGUAUGGAGCAUACGACUGCCAAGGUCUCUAAAGGAAAGGUCAAGAUCACAAUCGACCUGACUCUCGACGAAGAGGACGAGAAUGAUGAGACGAAGUUUGGCUCCGUGAGCGCGUGUUAUCCAGCGCCCGCGAACGUUUACCCUGCUCGGACGAGGCUGUUCCAAUCCGCCUCGCCGCAGAAUCUCGAGGGCAUGCAGGCGCCGAUAACAGCCGUCUCAACUUCUUCAAAAAGUGGUCUCAUCAUUCCUAGUGGUCAUCACAGCACGUUGGUCACCCCGGCGAAGAGCCCUAAUUCACUAGGGCACUCGCCUUUUUCUGUCCCUGGAAAACCUGCGCCGACUUCGAAUACUUCCGGUCGUUUCAACACACCGACCAAGUCCAUGGGUGUGGCAGGGCAGCAGCCUUUUUCUUCCGGCAUGGUUACACCCACCAGUAACCGGCCUAACAAGACUUUCGGCUUGCCACCCACGCUUCCCCAGAAGCGAGGGAGAGAGGAUGAUGAGAAGGAGGAAUUUGACAUCGAUACUGGCCUUAAGGACGCCAUGAUCGAGCUCGCCGACCAACUUGAUACACCCGUGCCCAACAGCAAAACACAACCCAAGGGGCAGGUAAACACCACGCCAAUCAGUCAGUUCACCUACCGGACGAGCUACCACGGGAGUAACCCGUUCAACAGCUACAAUACCACACCUGUUCGGAACCAGUUCAACCGCCCCUCGAACAAUCAACCUAACAACGACCCCAGUACUCAGGCGAAUUGCCAACCGACCAACCAGUUCGCCCACCCCCCCAGUAAUUCGGUGGUGAAACCGACGUUGAACCCAGUGUGCAACACCGACAGCGAUGCUCCCACGAACCCCUGGGACAUCUGGGAAGCCCACAGGCUGACCAACAGUCAGUUUCUAAACAACAAUGCCGGUACCAAGGAUGACAAACCCCCUGCCAAACGCCAAAAGAGAGAUGAGUUUGACGAUUCUGACUUGGAUGACAACGACUUUAUGGCGCUGGCGGAGCAGACUGAGGGGCAGUCUCUUGGUGGGAAGAGGUGAGGAGUUUGGUGGCAGGUAGUUCCAGUUUGGGUAUGAGGGAAGGGGGAGGGGGUGAGAGAGAGGGCUAAGGGAGUGUAAGGGGAGAUGAAGAAGGGUGGAAUGGGGGUGGUUUUGUGGGCUUGCGCGGUAGUCUUUUAGCGGGCGUUAGCGAAUGAUGAUUUUUUGAAUGAUGUUGAAUGGGCGAUGUAUAUGGAAGAAUGUGAGCGAGCUUGUGAUGAGGAGGGGUGAUUAUGUGGUGAGGAUGUGCAUCGGCUAGAUCAGGCAGGUACCUUGCAGUCAAUGAUUGAGGCAUGUGCCAUGUUGAGCUUUUUAUUUUUAUGGG